AUGAAACGAGCGUACGCGUUGCUUAGUGCAGCGUUUACGACGCUCCAGGUUGCAGGCCAGUCGCCACCUGUCAAAGUCGCGUUGAGGUCCAGUUGGCCAGCACCACCAUUCUUGGCCGAGAUAUUAGAAACCGUGUCUCUAGAGAAUCCAGAAGCAUUCUUCACCUACCUUGACCAGUUGACGGACCCUCAGCUGCUGGCUGCCGCAGCUACCGCGACCCCCGAAGCCAUACACCAAGGCGCCCUAGCGAUUGCUGUCGACUAUGGCACGCUACAAGAACCAGAAUCUUUGGCUGCUGUUCAGAUGAACCUUGCCAUGCACGCUGCCACUCCGAAACUAGAAGCAUUCUACAACUAUUAUGUGGACAACCACAACGAGAGCAUCGGGACCCAAUGCGGGUCUUGGGUGGAUUGGUACGGUGAGGUUGUGUGUGACGUGGAGAGACUGGUGCAGCUGGCAGGAACUGAGGCUAUAGAGGCGUCGAUAGACAUGCCAGUUCAACCACGUCCGAAAAUCCUGACAUUCGACCACAUCGCGCCACCUCCGAACCAUGUCAUUGAGCGGCCCCUUCGCUCAGCCAUUCUAUACGGGUCAUUGACGUCUGCGAAUUUCCGCGAACUGCAUUCCUAUUUGCUCAGUCUGGUCAGUCGGCAGGAUCCUCACAUCGAAUACAUUUUCCGCCACGUUCCGCCUUCAAAAACGUCUUCAUCUCGGAAUUAUCUGUCGGGAUUUGGGGUCGCCCUCGACCUAAAGAAGAUGGACUACCUAGCGCUGGAUGACCGAAAUUCGCAUUCCGAAGGGGCAAACACCGCGAACAUGAAGGAAACCGAAGAGCAGGGCAUUGACCCCGUCCUUCCACUCAUCCUGAAUCACCCCGAAAACAUGACUGCACCUGAUUCUACCAUACCACUCACAGCAGAAGAAUUGCAUGGGCUGGGUGCUCAGGCCGCCCAACUUAUCGCCGAAUCUUCCGAUCCUCUCCUUACUUUGACCCACCUAUCUCAGAACUUCCCAAAAUACGCGACUUCGCUCGCACGACGCGUCGUUGCAAACCAGAGUAUCAUCGACGAGCUGCACGAUAAUUCUCUGCGCGCACAGCGAGGUGUCAACGUGUUUUGGCUGAACGGACUGCAGGUCGACCAGAAGGAUGUGCAUCCGUUUGGACUGUUACGGCUGCUGAAGAAGGACAAAGACAUCUUGAAGUCGUUGACCUCGCAAGGGCUGUCCAGUGCUCAGGCCUUCGAAUUACUGACCCAUCCUGACGUGGCGGCGGCGCAGAAGGAGAAUGCGGUGUUGGACACUCUGUUCGAUGCGAGCGACAGGCCGGAAGGAGGGGAUGUUAUCGUGUGGUGGAAUGAUAUGGAGAAUGACAAUCGUUAUAAGCGAUGGAAUCCAUCGAUUUAUGGGAUCUUGCGUCCUAUGUAUCCGGGCAUGCUGCCGAGCAUCAAAGCGAAUUUGUUCAAUGUCAUCCUCACACUGGAUCUCUCCAAGAUGUCGAGCUUGAACUUCCUUGCUGGUCCUAUGUCAAAUAUCAUCAACAGGGAAUUCCCUCUGAGGUUCGGUUUGGUGCCACUCGGAGAUGAUGAGGCUGGUAAGAAGAUGGCUAGGCUGUUCUACUACCUCAUUAAGAACCACGGCCGCAAGACAACGCUAGAAUUCUUCAAGGCUAUAUCCCAAGUCCAAGUACCAGCCGGGCAAGGAACCGAGACCGUCCAAUGGGACAAAGUCGACUCUGCCUGGGACUACCUUGUCGAGAAGACCCAACAAGAAAAGCCAGAGGUUGAGUUCCCAGAGCUUGCUUCUGUCCUCUCCGGCGAGUUCACAUCUCCGGCGCCGUUCGACAAAAUCGCAGAGUACACAGAGCGUUUGGGGUGUGGCUUGGAUUCGUCGCCGACUGGUCACGCGUUUUUCAAUGGGAAGCACUUUGAUGUCAACGAUGAAUUUUUGACCCAUCUUCAAAAUGAGAUGUCAGUGCAGAUGAGAAUGUUCCAGGAGAAGGUUUACGAAGGUUCCUUAUCAGAUGACAACAAACCCGAGUCGAUGAGCAACUACUUCUAUGACCUUCCGACGACCAACAAGCGACGGAACCGGUACAUCUACCCCUCACCAGGCGGUCUGCGGAUCGUCAACCUCCCAGAGGUGUUUGUGAAGUCAGGAUUCCGCGCCUCUCCGCCAACGUAUCUCUACCCUUCUGGUUGGGAGACUGUCUCGGAGAGUCUCUACGUUAUCGCGGAUUUGGACAGCGAAGUUGGGUUGAAGUUGAUCAAGGAGGCUCUCUUCUCACUGACACCAGAGUCGAAGACGCGAAUAUCACUCAUCCAUAAUCCGACCGUUCUCAAAUCAGCGAACGAACCUCGCCCGGCUGUUUCCUGGCUUGUUGCGCAUAUGCACAUCCAUGGCCUGCUAUCCAAGGCUGAUCCUGCGACCUUCCUUUCUGCUCUUGGUGGCGAAGCUCCAGCUGCCCCUCUCGAUGGUCCUCAGAUCCCAGUCGGGAAGAAGACCGCAUUUGAGAUCCUCGCAGAUGGCGUCGACCUGAAAGACAUCAAGCCAGAAGAGUAUUCUGACUAUGUCAAGCAGAGUCGACUCAUUUCGAGAGCUUUGCAGAUUCUUCCUGGCCAGUCAGCUCUGGUCGUUAAUGGUCGUGUUGUUGGACCUGUCGAGGGUGAUUUCCGCGUCGCAGACUUCAAGGCUUUGGAAGAUUAUGAGUUCCGGAAGCGGACUGAGCCUGUCUUGAAGGCCCUGCAAUCAGUCACAGCCGUGAUUCUUGAAGACAAAUACGUUGCGGCCGACAUCGUCUCGCUUGCUACCUCGGUGGUGGCAUCUAGUCAACAACCCGAUCCAAGCGAGAUCGGCCUCUUCGACGCUCCUCUAAGGCCAAGGUCAAGAGGAUAUGACUUGCUCCUGCGUGAAUACACGGUGUUCGAGUCGGGUAAUAAUGCAGCGGCACUUCAUCGAAUUGCUGUCCUGGUCGAUCCUCUAAGCGAGACUGCACAGAAAUGGUCAAGUCUUCUGAAGUGGUUGUCAAGCGUCCCAGAUACGUUCAUCGAAGUCCAUCUCAGCCCUGCUCAGUAUACGGAUAUUCCGCUCAAGAAAUUCUACCGAUCCAAUUUACUUCCUUCGCUAACCUUCGAUAAGCAAGGUCAGGAGAUACCCGCUCAAGCCAUCUUCGAAGACCUCCCAGUGGACCCCAUCUAUACCCUCGCCAUGGACGUCCCAUCGUCGUGGCUUGUCCGACCCCGAGAGGCCCUGUACGAUCUCGACAACAUUCAGCUCGGAAACCUCUUCACCGGAGACACCUCCGUCGACGCGACCUUCGAGCUCGACUACAUCGUCAUCGAAGGACACGCCCGCGAAGCCGUCAACCAGAGCCCACCACGUGGUGUGCAGCUCCAGCUCUCCGCGGGCGACGGCAACCCCAUCGACGACACCCAAGUCGUCGCGAACCUAGGGUACUUCCAGUUCAAGGCGAAACCCGGGGUCUUCAAGCUCGAGAUCAGGCCUGGGAGAGGGAGGGAGAUCUUCAAGUUGGAUAGUGCGGGUAACGAGGGUUGGGAUAGCCCGAGCGUCGAGGAGGCUGGAAAUGAGAUUACGGUGACGAGUUUUGAGGGGCUGACGUUGUAUCCGAGGUUGUCGAGGUUGCCUGGGCAGGCGACUGCUGAUGUACUGAGGGAGGAAAUUAAGGAUGAUGGUUCGAAAGGGUUGUUCGAUGACCUUUCCUCGAAGGUGAUGUCGAUCUUCAAAUCACCAAAGAAAGAACUUUCCACCGAGGUCGUCGCUAUUAAACCUCAAGCUGACAUCAAUAUCUUCACUGUGGCUUCUGGCCUCCUCUAUGAACGUUUCGUUGGCAUCAUGAUCCUCUCCGUCUUGCGCAACACGAAUAGCACCGUCAAGUUCUGGUUCAUCGAGAACUUCCUCUCGCCAUCGUUCUUGGAAUUCAUCCCCCACAUGGCCGAGCAAUACAAUUUCCAGUACGAGCUCGUGACGUACAAGUGGCCUUCGUGGCUCCGGGCGCAGACAGAGAAACAACGCAUCAUCUGGGCGUACAAGAUCCUGUUCCUGGACGUGCUGUUCCCUAUGGACCUCAAGAAGGUUAUUUUCGUCGACGCGGACCAGAUCGUGCGUGCGGACCUGAAGGAGCUAGUUGACCUCGAUCUCCACGGGGCUCCGUACGGGUACACCCCCAUGGGUGACGAUAAUACGGACAUGGAGGGCUUUAGGUUCUGGAAGACGGGGUACUGGAAAGACUUUUUGCAAGGGAAGCCAUAUCACAUCAGUGCUUUGUAUGUUAUCGAUCUCGUUAGGUUCAGACAGCUCGCCGCAGGAGACAUCCUACGACAACACUACCACCAACUCUCUGCUGAUCCAAAUUCAUUAGCCAACCUUGACCAAGAUUUACCUAACAACUUACAGAACCACGUUCCUAUCUUCUCGUUGCCUGAGGAUUGGCUAUGGUGCGAAACCUGGUGUAGCAAAGACCGGCUCCAUAGAGCGAAGACCAUCGAUCUUUGCCAGAAUCCGCUGACGAAAGAGCCUAAGCUCGCACGUGCUCGGCAAAUACCUGAGUGGGAGGAGUACGACGCGGAGAUUGCGCGAUUCACUCGAGACCUCGCUGCGCAAGGCAAAAUUCACUCAAGGAUGGCCACAGCAGACGCGAACGUGCUCGCGGGCGGUUCAAGCGCAGGUACCGCUGCGGAAAAACCUGCGACGGAAUCAGAGGAAUCGCCAGUGGAGGAGCUGAAGACGGAAGGGAAGGAGGAGCCAACGCGUGAUGAGCUCUGA